AAUGGGCAAAAAAGGAUGCGAAAGUGCCGGAAAAGUUUGCGGCUUACAUUCACGGAAAGGCAGCGGAGAACGAAAUUGAGGGUGCAAAGACGCAGCAACCGAGUGACGAAAGAAGAACCCGCCUUGGUCACCUGUUGAAUGAUCUAGUCGAUGCGAUAGAGCAUGGGGCAAUCUUUCCCAAAACCGAGGACCCUCAAGCUGAGAUGGAGAGUCGGGGUUUAGCAAUUCGUAUUGUCCAGAAGGAAGGUAGCCUUUUGUCAAAAGAGAUGCUAAUGGAUGGUCAUCGCUUGGCUAAGGAUGCUGUGGUGAAGUUGUGGCUGGCGGAUAUCGAGAGCGGAAAAUUCACUGUCGAGAGAAAUCCAGAUUUCCGAGUUAUACAAGCACCAAAGAAACGAUCAAAAAGGUCAAAAGCUAAAUCUCAGAAACGAACUAGCCUCUCCUCAACCGAAGACGAAGGCGAACCU